AUCAGAAGGCAAUCAAGCUCACACUGUCGGGUAUAUUCAAAAUUUCAAAAGCACUGAAACCCACACAAUGAACGAACAUCUCACCCCAUAAAUAACCUCAAACAAGGAAACAGAUCACUCCCGGGAGCUCACAAGGCGGAAGAAGGGGAAGAUUUUUGGGAAAAAAAAAAUGGCGACUUUGCAGAAGUUCAAGAUGUUCGCCACGCAGUGCGGGGUGGCCCAGAGCCCCACCCGGAGCCCGCGGACGAGCCCCCUGGUCCACAUGGGCCGCCCCCAGAAGACCACCCUCCGGAUGCUGCUCGGCCGUCGGCGGCGGGGCUCAGACGAGCGGCAGUUCUUGGUGGGGCCGGUGCCCUGCCUUGAGAAGAAGAAGGAGAGGAGCCCGGCGGGGGGACAUAAGCUCAAGGACCUGUUCGGUUCGCAUCCCAAUGAAGAAGAAGGGGAAGAGGAGCUCGGCGGCAAGUGUAAGGAGAGGAACGAGGGGUUCCCGCUGGCGAUAGGGAUCGGAGGCGCAGCCGGCGGCGAUAUGCCGAGGAGGGGGUUCGUGGGAAUGAGGUACAGGGCGCUGUUGAAGAGGGGCUGGAGGCCAGUGCUCGAGACCAUUCCCGAGUGAAUAUCGACCGGCAUUGCACCGAACAAGAUACGAAGACGGACAAUAUAUAUACAUAUGAUUUUCGGUCAAGUUUGGAAAAUUUUGAUCCUCUUUCUCUGCUGUUUAUGUCUUGUAACCGGCAAGACUGAGGAAAGGUCGAUGAAGAUGACGGGGCUUGUCGUUGUCUGGUCUGAUGAUAUUCCGAUGUUGGCUUAGGAGGCGAAGUCCUUAAUUUUAGACUGAAACGUUCUCUGUUUGGGCUCGUGAUUGUGUUGCAAAUCAAAAAAUUAAAUCACUUGAAUAUAACAUGAGAUAUUUAAAUAA